AUGUUACCAACUAAUGAUGUAGUACAACAGCAGGAUUUUGAACCAGAAGAAGAAAUAGGCGUUACUAAUGAUGCGAACAACACCGUCACCACCAAUAGUAAAACGACUAAUGGUUUAGGUACUUUUGAUAAUACACAAAAUUCAAAAUUAACAUUUCGUCAAGUUCGAACUGUUUUAAUAUCAUCAACGGGCUUCUUCAUGGAUGCCUAUGAUAUAUUUGUCAUCAACCUUGCAGUGCCAAUGUUAGGUUACGUGUAUUAUUCUCACAAUAAUAAUAAAGUUCCAUCAAAUAUUCAAGGUGCUAUCAAAGGGAUAACAAAUGUUGGAAAUCUAAUUGGUCAACUUCUAUUUGGAAUACUUGGUGAUUCUAUUGGACGGCAUAGAAUAUAUGGCUUAGAAUUACUCGUUAUCAUCAUUGCUACAAUCGCCUCAGCGAUGUCGGGAGCAGCUGCCAGGGGGAUUGGAACACUUGGCUUUCUCGGAUUUUGGCGUCUACUCUUAGGAAUUGGAAUAGGAGGAGAUUAUCCCAUGUCGGCUACAGUCUCAUCGGAAUGGUCAUCAGCCGGCCGUCGAGGUCAAAUGGUUGCUUUGACAUUUUCUAUGCAAGGUUGGGGGCAGUUCUUUGGUGCACUUGUCGAUAUCAUUCUAUUAGCCAUAUUUAAAUAUGCAAUUGAAGCUGAUCAAAUGAAUAUUGAUUAUGUCUGGCGAAUUUUGCUUGCUAUGGGUGUGUUGCCAGCAGUAUGUACUAUCUACUACCGUUUCGUCUUACCGGAGUCUCCUCGUUUUGCUAAAAAUGUUCUCAGAGAUGACGCCAAAAUGGAAAGAGGAAUUAAAUAUAUGAGAAUGAAAAACGAUAACAGUUUAGGGCAACAAAAUGAAAAAGAAAAUGCGGUAGCCGUGGUAGAAGCUCCGGAUCAAGAAGACAUUAAUAAACUAGACAAACAAAAACAAACGAUUGACAAACGUCAUCAUUUGCGCGAUUUUGGUCAAUAUUUUUCAAAAUGGAAACAUCUCAAAGUUCUUCUUGGCACAUCGUUAUCAUGGUUUUUACUUGAUAUUGCUUUUUAUGGUCUAUCGUUGAAUCAAUCAGUGGUUUUAUCGGCGAUCGGUUUUGCACCCACGAACGCACCGCCUUGGGAAACACUAUGGAAACAAGCGAUCGGAAAUCUUAUUAUCACCUUGUUAGGAUCGAUACCAGGCUAUUAUUUUACAGUAUUUCUUGUUGACAAGAUGGGUCGUAGAACAAUUCAAUAUAUGGGAUUUAUUAUAGAAACCAUUCUUUUCACGAUAAUAGCUGCUGCUUAUUAUCCUCUCAAGGAACAUGCAUUACCUGCAUUCGUCGUCCUGUUCGUUCUCGUUCAGUUUUUUUUCCAAUUUGGUGCGAAUACUACAACAUUCAUUAUUCCUGCCGAGGUUUUCCCUACAAGAUUUCGUGCGACAGCUCACGGAAUUUCAGCUGCUGCAGGGAAGGCUGGUGCAAUUUUAGCUGCGUUUGCUUUCAAUGUUCUAAUUAAUGUAGGUGGUACGAAUGCAUUUUUACCACAAACUCUCGGAAUAUUUGCGGCUAUUCAGUUUUUGGGUAUUUUCACAACAAUGUUGAUACCAGAACCAAAAGGAAAAGGGUUAGACUACUUUGAAGACGAUGAAACUGAGUGGCGAAAGAAUACAACUCCUGAGAAAGUGUAG